AUGGCCAGCGCCCUCGAGGCCGACCCUACCGCUACCGCUACCGCUACCUCUACCGCUGCCGCUGUCUCCCGCUCCUCCAGCCGGAGUGCGUCGCAGGCAAAGAGACCCCGGCCUAGCGACGCCGCCAGUGCCUAUCCCCGGAAACGCACUGCCGUCGCCUGUGAAUUGUGUCGGCGGAAGAAGACGCGCUGUGACAAUGGGCAACCGUCGUGUCGGCUGUGCAGGGUCAGCGGCGUGGUGUGUGUCUAUUCAACAUUUGCAGAGAACAGUCCGCUCAUAAGCCCCGAACCGACCACGACAGAGCUGUUGGAACGCAUCAACUAUGUAGCCACCCUGGUGGAAAGCCGGCUGCCUACAGCCCGGCAAGGUAGCAUCUUUUCGCCGUUGGCUACGACCUCGACGCCAGCAACCUCAUCGACGCCCGGUCCCAGUGCCAGUGCAGCACCUCAGGCCCGCCAGCCACCCAUCGAGUCUGCGUCAGGCGAUGACCUCGAAGUCCCUGAAUCCGACGGUGUCUCCGAGAGGAUGCUCGACUGGCCCGAACUUCGAGGCUUCUCGCCUGAGCAUGUGCAGGCACUCGCGUGGUUGCCUCCUCCGCCAUCAACGGGCGAGGCCGCCGACGAUAAGUCGGCCACACUCCUGGCCCGCCACGUCCCUCUCCGCCAGCAAGACAAAGCUGGGUACGGCACCCGUUCGGGGGCUGUCGACGAGUCUCGCGUCGUGGCACUGGUAAAGAGAUAUCGGACUCUGAUUUAUAUCAAGAAUCCGAUCCUCGAUAUCACCAGUCUGGAGAAGUCGGCGCGACGGAUCGAAGAGUUUGGCCUGGACUGGAGCGGAGAGUCGUGUUUGGUGCUAAUAGCCUGCGCCCUCGCAUUGGCCGUCACGCCCAUGCAGGAGAACCACGACGUGACGGGACGUACCUUACACAAAGAUGCCUUCCCGACCGCUUCGCUCGACCAGUCCGCCAGCAGGGGCUACUAUGUGGCCGCCCGAAAGCGCCUCGGCCUGUUGGACUUGUCACUUAUCGCCGCACAGUGUCACUACCUCUGUGGUAUCUACGAAAUGUGCUCGUUAAGCGUGACGCAGGCGUGGCACCACUACCAGCAAGCCUCCGUGAGCGUGCAUUGGCUUCUGAGAAGGGUGUCCGGGUCUGAGCCCGAGCCCAGUGCCAACUCUGGCUUGGUCGAGCGGCUGUAUUAUUCCUGCGUGAAAACAGAGUGUGAGAUCCGGUCCGAAAUUAACCUGCCAUCGUUCGGGCUCGCCAAGUUCCGCAUGCCCUCUCCGUUGCCAUCGCCACCCAAAGGUCUCCUCGACCCGAACAGGUCACCGCCAGCUUGGGGGGACCUUGACAUGUCCCACGGCAGCAUUGAAGCGCUCGAGGAGGCCGGAUGGUUCUACUACCUGUCCGAGAUCUCCAUGCUCCGGACCGUGGUGAGGAUGCGACAGAAGCUCUACACCCACAAUGAGGCGUGGUGGAUCUCCCAUAUUGAGCGAUUGCUACAUGAUGUCGCCGAGUUGGAGUCGGAAUUCGAUCAGUGGGUCCGUCAUUUCCCGGCGCAGGUGCGAACUCCCACGACCGAGUUGGGGUAUAUUGUCGCCAAACGCGCGGUGGGGUUCAAAUCCUUUCUGUUCCACCCUUUCCUGUUCUACAUUCUCAAUCAACCAGAGGAUGCGCCACACUGGUCGGUGGCCGCCGAAUUGGCCAAGAGAUGCGUGCGUCUCAGUAUGGAAUACCUCGAGCACGUGGAUGCCCGUCGUUGGCGUCACGGGGGUCUGUGGUUUCAUUUUCGCCAGCUCUUUCAAAGCGUGCUGACCAUCCUGGCGGCGGUCCGGAGCCACAAGGUCCCUGUCGAGGGCGAUUGGAGAGUGGCCAUCGAGGGUGCCCUUGCCAAUUUUGCUGUGUGGCAGCAGGAAUCGGCGGAAGUUCGCUGGAUGAGAGUCAUUGCGGAGGGAUUGCUGCAAGACACGCUGAGCCGUAGCCAGGGCGGCGGCGUAGAUAUAGACACCCGAUAA